CUGUUAUGCCACCAACCGUCAACUCCACAUUCUCACGCCACCCACCCCGAGCCAGAUCGAGACUGCUCACUCCACUCCCCACCAGCCCGUCCAUCAUCGUCCUCUGCCGGAGAUGCUUCGCCGACUGGCCGCACGGCGGCCCCGUCAAGGCAGAACCCGGGCCGCCGCCGCCGCAGCCUACCGCUCCUCAGCUGCAGCCUCCUCCUCGGUCCUGCCCGACGCGCUCGACCGGAGCUCCGACGCCUACGCCCACAACGCCGCCGCCGUCGGCGGCCUCCUCUCCGACCUGCGCUCCCGCGUCUCCCAGAGGGCGCUGGGCGGCGGAGGCGCGGGGGUGGUGAAGCGGAACGAAGGGCGGGGGAAGCUGCUCCCCAGGGACCGCAUCGACCGCCUGCUCGACCCGGGGGCCUCCUUCCUCGAGCUCUCUCAGGGAUUAAUUCCCACAUCUGUCUAAAGCUGUCCACCAACGUACUUAGGUGAAAAGAUUGAGUUUCUUUUUGCGCCGGUGAUGAGCUUCUAUGCGACGGAGGCGUGCGCCCGUGCUGUAUGUGAGCGAUGGAGGCGUUGGAUGUGGAGCAGCGGACCUGGAGUGCGGCCCAAGCGGCGGAUCUAGAGCGACGCCGGAGCAGCAGAGCGCUGGACCAGCGGAGCGGCGUCGUCGUCCUGAUGGUGCCCCCACCUUGGUAGCGCGGGCCCUGCCCCGCCACGCCACGGCGCCACGGCGUCGUUGUCCUCAUGGAGAAGAAGGAGCACGCCCAGGAGAAGAACGAGUAGGAGAAGAAGGCCCUAGAUCGCUGCUGCUGGAGCGCUGAGGACCUGGGAUCUGUGACCUGGGCGUGCUGUUGUAGGAGAAGUAGGGUACCUGGGCGAGCGGAAGAGAAGCAGGGGCGGGCGACGGCAGUGGUGGACGACGGAGGAUUUCAAAUCCUGGGGUGGAGGAAGACAACGAUGGGGAUACCGAUUCAAAAGUAGGGGCAGCAAUGUAAAAUCCACCGUUUUCACCUGGUCGGAAGGAUAUCUUUAGCGACCUAUAUUUCGAAACAAAGGGAGUAUGUUACAGGUACUCCAUCCAUACGCUUACUCUCCAGAUUGAAACUGAGCGAGACACAUAUCCAAAUCAUGACUGGUAAAUGAUUCUGCACUUUUUGGCUGCGAUAUAUGUGUUGUAUCGGUGUAGUCUUCCCCAUUCCCCCUGGACCAACAACCGGAAUCUGUAGGAGAUAUGCCUUAGAGGCAAUAAUAAAUGAUAUUAUUUAUCUCCAA